UCCUCGCCCUCAUGUCGCACUACAGCAACAAUGCCGACCAUAGAUGAGAUGUACCCGAUUCCUUGCGCCUUCUGCCGCAUCAGCAAAGCAUAUCCGAACGAAACCACGACGAACGUGCCGCUUUCUCCAGAUCCAGAGCGUGUGGAUCCGCAAUGCCAUUUAAUCCUCUCGACGCCUCUCGUCCUCGCCUUUCUCGAUAUUAUGCCAAUUUCCCCCGGACAUAUCCUACUCACGACGCGCAAACACUAUCGGACACUCGGAGAUCUAUACCCAGCGAGCAAUCAGACGUGGUCGUCCCGUCGCGAAGCAGAAGAAGCUCGCGACGCUUCUCGGGCGUUGGGCGAAUGGCUGCCGAUCGUCAGCAGGGCUCUGUGCAAAGUGACUGGCAUCGAAGAUUGGAAUGUCGUUCAGAAUAACGGAGAACGGGCAGCACAAGUAGUGCCGCACAUCCAUUUCCACCUUAUUCCCCGAUACCAGGAAGGACGAGAAGAGACGCAGCGUAAUGGCAGAACAGACUGGGGAACGCUCAAGUCAUGGAAAAUGUUUGGAAGAGGCUCCAGAGAGGAUUUGGACGAUGAUGAAGGUAAAGAGCUGGCGAAGAAGUUGAGAGAUGCGAUUAGGGAGGAAGUUGAAAGUUCGGUUCCGACAUCCAAGCUGUGAGCACGCGAGACUGGAUAACCCGCACUUGAUGCCUUUUGUCCUUCACGGCAAUUGCUCGCACGCUGCUUCGCGUCACGACAUUGUCUGACCAAUUAUGCCCGUGACUCUGGCGCAGGAUGGAGAAUUACGGCAGAAUCUCAGUCAAGAUCUACACGGAACCUGAAUCAGGACCCACCGAACAGACAGUCCGGACUGGAAAUGUACUACAGCUCCUCGCGAGAACAGUCGGCCCGCCAUGGCGAUGCUAUGCGCCAUAUACUCUUCGAAACU